AUGUCACUUUGUCUUUGUUGUUGCUGUUGCUGCAAUAUUUGCUGCAUGCUCCCUCAAAGAAAGGGGUUUUUUUCUUCUAAGAGAGGACCUAAUACUAAAAAUUUGUAUAGCAAAGUAUUUAAUUCAACUCAAAAUUGGAUGCAAAAUUUGAGUGAUGAUAUUUGCGUUUCAGAGAUUAAUUUAGUAGGAACUCAUGAUUCUCUUUCGCUAUAUCCUUAUUUUGGAUUGCAGGUAUCUGUAUGUUAGAGGUGGAUAUUACUUGAUUAGUUAAAUAGUGGUAUAAGGCUGUUUGAUAUUAGAGUUAAAGAAGAUUUAGAUGGUAAGCUACCUUUAUAUCAUAGUUAAUCAUUUUAGUAUUCACAUUUGGAGAAAGAUGUGAUCGAUGUAAUAGACUCAUUUUUAGCUAAAAAUCCAAGCGAAUUCGUAAUCUUAAUGAUAAGAAUUGAGGCAUAAGAAGCUGGUGCCCCAUCUUUAGCAGCUGGAUUUGAUAGAAUAGUAAAAAGGAAGAGAUAAAAUUUGUUUUCUUUUGAAAGUUGGAUACCUAAUUUAGAUAAAUUGAGAGGUAAAAUUUGGAUUUGGCCAGGAAACAACUGGGAUUACAAAGGUUACAGUAUGAAAUAAAAAAUUAGAACUGGUUAACUGAUACGCCAAGAUUUUUACGAUUACUCUGUUGAAGAUAAAAAAAAAGUGAUCAAACAAAUCAAUAACUUGGCAUACUAAAAUAAGUCACUCAGACAAUCAGGGUAGGAAAUCUAUUUGAAUUAAAUGAAUGGAGUCAAAUGGUAUUGCUGGCCAUCAUCUUAUGCAGAAAAAAUAAACUAAUAUGUAUAUGAAAACUAACUUUACGAAGGUUUUCUUGUAUUUGAUUUUCCAGGAGAGAAGAUAAUAAUAGAAGUUAUUGAAAGCAAUUUCUACUAGCCAAAGGAAUACUUUACUAAAGACUAUGAAAGUCUAAAUUGA